CCUCACCGGCUCAGCCUCCUACCUUCCCCAGCCUCAUCCAAAACCCGGAACUCAAAGAGAGCGCAGCAAGCGUCAGAGCCGACUAGUCGAAGGCCACAGCCAUGGCCGCCCCUACCGGCACUUCCAUGCUGAGCGCCCUGCUCCAGCUUCCCCUGGCCCCGUUCUCGGGGAAGUGCUCCGCGCCUUCGGCGGUCCACAUGACCGCCCGCCGCGCACCGACGCCCGUGCUGGCCGCCAAGGGCUACAACGUGCAGAUCGUGGUGGACGAGAACGAGGGGGAGGACUCCAUCUUCCGGCGCUUCCGGCGGGAGGUGAUGAAGGCCGGCCUGCUCCAGGAGAUCAAGCGCCGCCGGCGGCACGAGAACACCAAGGACAAGAAGAUCCGCAAGGCCCGCGAGGCCGGCCGCCGCAACCGCCGCAGGCGUAUGAUGGAUGAUCGUAGGUUCCCCGAAGACGAGGGAGACUCAGAGGCUGUGAGAACCCGCCGCGACGAGGACAACGACAACUGGGAGGUUAGCGGUAUUCUGUGAAUGGAAUGAUGACGGAAUUCAUAACAACUGUAGAUGCACAGCUCUGGCAAUUCGAGAUCUUUUCUUUUGCCUGCAUGGCACAAACUAUAUGAGUCACCAGCUGCUCUUUCCACUUCAAUUGUACUAUUUUAUUGUACCAAAUGUUAGCUAACGCAAUCUCCAUUCCGGAUA